GCUCAUGCGCUGUAGCGCGCGCCCGGCUGAGCUGGUGUUGCUGAGAGCGCGCAGUGUGCCAGGUGACCGGUCGGUAGAGCGCGGGGAAGUGCGUGAGUGGCUGCUGCUGCUGUUGUUGCUGCGAGAGCAAAGAGGGGAAGUUAACGUUGGACCUUCUGAAGGAAGCAGAUGCUGUGGAAUCAAUGAUUACCAAAAGAUAACAAUUUGUGGGAAAUUGUAGCUUUUUCAAUGAAAGAAUGAGUUCCCUGAAGCCUAGUGGGCUAAAGGCACCUUCCAGAAUAGCAAAACCUGGAGCAGUUGCUGCUAAAUCAUCUGCCGUCACUGCCCCAACUGUAAAAACAGCAACAGAAAAACCAGCCCCUGCCCCCCCUUCAGAGACUACAGAAGAAUUUGUGGAUGAUUUUCAUGUUGGAGAGAGGGUCUGGGUAAAUGGUAAUAAACCUGGAUGCAUUCAGUUCCUUGGUGAGACUCAGUUUGCCCCUGGACAAUGGGCGGGAAUAGUAUUGGACGAAGUCAUUGGAAAAAAUGAUGGUGCUGUGGCUGGUGUUAGAUACUUUCAAUGUGAAGCCUUGAGAGGAAUAUUCACAAGGCCAUCAAAAUUAUUACGAAAACCAUUGGAAGAGGAGAGCAACGGUACUCAAACUGCUCCUGUUUCCAGAUCUACUUCUCCAACCUCUGUGUCUUGUACAAAUACAUCUCCGGUUGUAACGACUGCUCCAGCCUCAGUAGUGACACCACUAAAAAGCUCCACACCAUCUGCAAAGGAAUCCUCUACCCCAGCCCAAUUAAGCAAUCUUACAAGGACAACAAGUGAAUCAAUAUCAAACCUGUCUGAAACAGGAUCUGUGAAAAAAGAACGAGAGCUUAAAUUAGGUGACAGAGUUUUGGUGAGUGGAUCAAAAGCUGGUGUUAUUCGUUUUCUGGGAGAUACAGAUUUUGCCAAAGGAGAAUGGUGUGGAGUUGAAUUAGAUGAGCCUUUGGGAAAAAAUGAUGGAGCAGUGGCAGGCACAAGGUAUUUUCAGUGUCAGCCAAAGUAUGGUCUUUUUGCACCUGUACAUAAAGUUACACGUAUUGGGUUUCCUUCAACCACUCCAGCUAAAGCAAAAACCUCCGUAAGAAAAAUUGCUACCAUGCCCACUACCCCAGCAUCACUGAAACGCAGCCCAAGUGCUUCUUCCAUAAGUUCCCUGAGCUCCAUCUCCUCCUCUGUAAGCAACAAACCAAGUCGCACAGGACUGUUAACGGAAACAUCUUCCCGAUAUGCAAGAAAAAUUUCUGGCACAACAGCUCUUCAAGAAGCUCUGAAAGAAAAACAGCAACAUAUCGAACAACUAAUGGCUGAAAGGGACAUGGAGAGAGCUGAAGUUGCCAAAGCCACAAGUCAAGUAGGAGAGGUUGAACAAGAGUUAACAGUGAUACGCCAUGGGCAUGACCAGUAUGUGGAAGAAAUGGAAGCUAAAAUGGAUCAGUUGCGUGCUUUGGUAGAAGCAGCUGACAGGGAAAAGGUUGAACUUCUAAACCAACUGGAAGAGGAGAAAAGGAGAGUUGAAGAUCUUCAGUUCCGUGUUGAAGAAGAGUCUAUCACAAUGGGUGAUUUAGAGACGCAGACCAAACUGGAGCAUGCCCGCAUUAAGGAGCUUGAACAGAGCCUGCUCUUUGAAAAGACCAAAGCUGACAAACUUCAGAGAGAGUUAGAAGAUACUAGGGCCAAAACACGGCCAGUAUCUCUAAAAGUGGCAACAGUUUCUGAAAAAUCUCACAUCAUGGAAUUAGAAAAAGACUUGGCUCUAAAAACCAAAGAAGUUGCGGAUUUAAGACAAAGACACAUAGAUAGUGACAAGCAAGCUGGCAAUGUUGAUACAUCACUUUCUCUACUGCAAGAAGUCAAUUCUUUACAAGAGAGCAUUGCUACAAUGACUAAAGAACACAAUCGUGAACUCGAUUCUCUCAAAAAUAAGCUUAAACAUACAGAAGAGAACCAUGCAAAGGAGAUAGGGGCAUUGAAAAUAUCUACAGAGAAGAUAUCUAAAGAUAAUGAAACACUAAGGGUAAAGCUAAACCAUGCAAACAAGGAGAAUUCAGAUGUAAUUGAGCUUUGGAAGUCAAAAUUAGAGCGUGCAAUUAAUUCAAAUCAGGAAGCAAUGGGAGAACUAACUCUUUCUUUCAAUAAAGGCACCAGUGCGGAAAAUUCUGCAUUGAUUGAGUUUAAGGCUCAAAUAGAAAAUUUAAAAUUAGAACACCAAAAAGAGAUGGACAGACAGAAGAGUGCACAAGAUAAAGAGCUCGCUGUCCAUCUAAAUGAAAUAGAAGGCUUGAAGACUAAACUUCAGGAAUUUAAUGAGGAAAAAGAAAUGGAGCUAGAGACCAUGAAAUCAAAGUUGGAAACUGCAGAAGAGCAACAUCUUAUUGAAAUGGAAGACACUUUAAGUAAACUCCAUGACACUGAAAUUAAGGUAAAGGAACUGGAGGUUUUGCAAGCCAAAUGCAAAGAGCAAAGUCAGAUCAUUGAUAAGUUAACAGUUCAAAUAAAAUCUGCAGAAGAGACUCUUGUGAGUUUUGAUACAGUGCAGAAAGCAGAGUCUGAAAGUAAAAUAGAAAUCAUGAGAUAUAAAGAGAACCUUGAGGCAUCUGAAGUUAAAAUUAAAAGUCUUGAGGCUGAAAAGAGUGCAGAAACUAGCAAGGCAAAUGAUUUGGCUAAGGAGUUGUUGGAGCAAACAGAAAAGCUUUCUCUGUCUGAGCAGAAACUAAAUUCAUUUGUUCAGAUUAAAGAAUCUUGGGAGAAAGAAAUAGAAGACUUGAAAAAGGGUCUUAAUAACUCUUCUGAAAGUGCAAAUUUGCUUCAAAAAACGUUGCAAGAAACUGUCAAUAAUUUAGAGCAGAAAGAAAAGCAGUAUGAGGAAAUGUCCAAAGAGCUGGAUCUCCUGAAGCCACGCUUUGUUUCUCUGGAAAAAUUGUUGAAGGAGUCCGAAGUGAAGGAACAAAACUUCCUAUCAACCAAAACUAAACUAGAGAAACAGAUAUCUGAAAUGAUUCAGUCUUCUGGUGAUAGCUCUGCUCAGUUGACAAACUUAAAUGAGGAGCUGCAAUCUAGGGAAAGAAAUUUAGAUGAACUUCGUGCAGAACACUCAAAAGCACGAGAUUUGGUACAUGAACUAGAGGAAAAUAUUGCUCUUGUGAAAGCUGAAGCUACAAGAAACUAUGAGGAGGCACAGAAAUAUCACCAGGAGGAGGUGGAGAAAAUGACUUCCCAAUUAGGAGACCUGAAACUCGAAAUUGAAAAGAACCAGACUGAAAAUAAAGAACUUCAAAAAAAUCAUGAUAAAAUAACUGCUGACUUGAAUACCCAGCACCAAGCACUGGUUGGCACAUUAAAGCAAAAUAUAGAAGAAAAAGAAGAUUUGUGGAAAACAGCCCAAGCUACAAUAAGUGAUAUGAAGGUACAAAUGGAGGAUCUAAAACAACAAACAGAACAAAUUCAGUCCUUAACCUUUGUGUUAGAAUCUACAAGAAAUGAAUUUGAACUAAUAUCUGAAGAAAUGAAUGUUUUGAAAUUGGAAAAAGACAAACUGGCCCAAGAGGCCAGUACUUUAAAGGAAGGGGAGCAGUCUUUGCAUUUCAAACUUUCAGAGUAUGAAUCUAGUAUCAAUACAAUGCAGCAAGAACAAAAACAGUUAUUGUCAAUGAAUGAAGAUCUUAAGGUUGGAAAUAACAGUUUACUCAUAGAAAUUAAAGAGCUUGAAAAUAAGAACUGUGCCUUUAAUGAUGGAAAUGAAGCAUUGGUUUCUUGCAAAGAAAAACUGCUGUCUGAACUGGAUAAUGCAAAGCAAGAACUUUUGAAGAUUACUAUGGACAAUGAAGACUUGCAGGCUGCUUUGGCUAAAAGGGAUGCCGAUCUAAAAGAGCUUCAAAAAAGCAAAGAUUUCUUGGUUGCACAGUGUGAAGAUCUUCAGAAACAGAACCAAGAACUGCAGAAUUAUCAGAAAAAUCUGACUGGAGAAAAAAUAACUCUUGCAAGAGAAAAAGAUGAAAUCAUUGAAAUGCUUAAAAACACGGCAGAAGAAAUGUUGAACAAGCAAAAACUUUUGUCAGAAGAGGUCAGUGGAUUGAAAAUGGAAAAUGAAUCUGCUGUAGGAAAGCAUUUGGAACUUGAAAGCAACUUAAAAGCUUUAAUAAGUGAGCGAGACAACCUGUUAAAAGCUACAACAGAAAUUAAGACCGAAAGAGAAGGUCUAAUGCUGAAGCAAAAUGAGUUGAAUAGACAGAUUGAAAAUCUGCAUCAAGAAAAAGAGAAGUUAGCACUGGAACGGAACUCUAAAGAAGAAGAGCUUAUUGGAGUUACAACACAGCUCAAUGAAUUACUCCAAGAAAAUGCAACUCUCUUAAACAGUAAAGAUGCAUUGACUGUAAUCUGGGCAGCAGUUGAAAAGGAAAAGCAAAAGUUAGAAGAGUAUCAACGCCAGCUUAUAGAUGACAAGAUAUUGCUUACCAAGGAAAAAGAUGACAUCAUAAAAGUGCUUAAGGAGUCUCAAGAGGAAAUUUCAACUGAACAUAAAAACCUUGUUAAUGAAUUAGCUGGACUAAGAAAUGAAAAGGAGAUUAUUACAAAAAAACUAAUGGAACAUGAAAAUAGGGUUUCUGAUUUAGUUAAGGAAAGAGAGGACUUGAUAAAAACAACCAAAGAACUAUCCUCUCAAAGGGAUGAACUUUUGUUAAAAGAUAAAGAAACAAAUUUAAGAAUAAGUGAUGUGCUUCAAGAAAAAGAGCAGAAGGCACAUGAGUUCAGUGAAUUAACAGCAGAACUGUCCUCUUUUAAAAAACAACUUGAGAAGUCAACAAAAGAUAACGAAGAACUUCGAACCACCAAGGAAACACUAUCAAACUUGCUUGAAGAUAUCAAGACAAGUAGAAAUGUUACUGACUCAGAACGUAUCAGUUUGUUACAAGAAAAAGAAGAGAUGAGUGCAUCCCUACGAAAAGUAUUCUCUGAGAAAGAUGAUCUUCUCAAACAAAUUGAAGAAAUUACUACUACUUCGAAAAUGUCAUUCGAACAGGCCAUAUUAUCUCAGAAUGAAAUGAAGGAAGAGAUAAAUAACCUGAAAAAUGAUAAAAUAUUAAUAUCAAUUCAAUUGGCAGAGUUAGAAAAUACAUUUAAAUCAGUUUCUGAAGAUAGAUCUGCAUUCAAGAAGAAUAAUGCUGAACUUUUAUCCAAAGAACAAUCACUUAUCAGGGAGCUUACAGAAUUUAAGGAUAAACAAGAGAUUUUGAAUUCAUCAAACUCAUUGUUGGUUCAGGAAAAGAAAAGUCUCAUAGAGGAACUUGAAUCUCUAAAUGUGAGAAUGAAUGAAACUACAAAAUGUUUUGAUGAACUUACAAAAACAAAAGAAACUGUUUCAGUGUCGCUGGAACAAGCUCUGAAAGACAAAUUUGAUUUGGAAAAUGAGAUCACAAGUAUAUUGAUAGAUAAGAAUUCCUUGAUUGAGGAUUAUAAAAAGUCUGGUUUAGAGAAGGAGCUGAUGUUGAAAGAUAGAGAUGACUUGCAAAUCAAAUUUCAGAGCUUUGAGCAAAGGUUAACCGAAGAAAGAGAGACAUUUAAUAAUGAGAAAGAAUCCCUUCUUUUAAAAAAUGAAGACCUUCAAAAACUACUGGACACUGUAACCGAAGAAAAGGACCAGGCAUUAUUAAAACAUAAAGAGUUUCUCUCUGAACAUCAUAAACUUGUAGAGCAGAAGCAGGAUAUUGAAUAUAGUUUGCACACAAUUAGCAGAGAAAACGAAAGUUUACAAGCUCAGAAUCAAUGUCAUUUAGCAAACCUUGAAGAACUUCAAAGUAAUAUUGAAUUAUUAACUAGAUCAAAAUUAGAUCUGCAGGACUUGCAUAACUCUAUUUUGAAGACACUGGAAGAACUCAGUUGUGUCCAUGAAGAUAAAAAAGCAGAGCUGGAGGACUUGGUUCGUCAAAAGUCCGAAUUACUAUUGGCUCAGGAGAAUCUGAUAGCAUCAAAUGGCAGUAUUUUAAAAGAAAAGGAAAUACUUGCCAAGAAUUAUGAACAAUUGUCAGAAGAAUCGUUUAUAUUAACUAGAAAGAAUGUAGAAGUCUCAACACAGUCUCAGCAGCUCAGUAACCAAUACCAGGCUUUGCUUAAUGAAAAGGAAGAACUGUUAGAGAAAUACAAUACACUCCAGACUCUUCACAACAACACUGAAGCAAAAAAAGAUGAGGUGUGUCAGAUGGCAGAAGAAACUCUUCAAAUAGUUGAAAAAGUUACUGCAGAAAAAAACAAAUUUGUGAAAGAAAAGGAGGAAGCUGUAAAUGAAAUGGAAGCACUGAAGAUACUAAAUCAGAAAUUGCAAAAAGAACUGAAGGAUCUUUCGCAAGAAUAUAAUACAUAUAGUAAAGAGAACACUCGAAAUGCUGAACUUGUAAAAUCAGAAUGUCUGAAAACAGAAACACGCAUGAAGGAAAUGGGAGAACUGAGGCUGUUGGCUGAGCAGAAGUCCCAGCAUUUAGCAGCUCUACAAGAGGAAAACCUCAAACUUGCGGAUGAGCUUGGAAAGAGCAAGGAGGAGGUCACAACAAACCAGAAGCUUGAAGAGGAAAGAUCAGUAUUGAAUAAUCAACUACUAGAGAUGAAAAAGAGAGAUUCUUUAACAAAGAAAGAGUUUGACAAAGAGAAGGCUUCACUACAGAAAUCGCUCAACGUUACAAGUGCCUUGAUCACUGAAAAGGACAAAGAGCUUGAAAGACUGAGAAAUGAGGUUUCAGAACUGCGUGAAAAGAACAAGUCUGCAAGAUCUCUGCAAUCUGAACUGAGAUCCCUGGAAUCUGAAAAAAUAAAUCUGGAGGAAAGGGUGAAAAACUUGGAGAAAGAACUUAAUGACAACAAGAGGCAGUUGAACAAUGUCUCAAACUCAUCAGGUGAUUCUUCUUUCAACAGCCAGUUUCAAGAAGAGAAAACAUCAUUGGAAAGCCAGAUUGAAUUCCUCAACUCGGUAAUAGUAGACCUUCAGAGAAAUAACGACGACUUAAAGCUGAAAAUCGAAAAGAUGAUUGAAGCAUCUCUCAAUGGCAAUAAUGAAGAAGAAAUGGAUAAUCAUGAGAGCUUAAAUGGCACACAGGGCAAAAAGAAAGUGCCCCCUCGACUUUUCUGUGACAUCUGUGAUUGUUUUGAUCUACAUGACACAGAGGACUGUCCCACACAGACUCAGCUUCCCGACUCUCCUCCUCACUCCACCUUCCAUGGGAGCAGAAAAGAGGAACGUCCAUAUUGUGACAUAUGUGAGGUUUUCGGACACUGGACAAGUAGCUGCAAUGAUGAUGAGACCUUUUAAAAGGGCUUUGCUUCAUAACAGUGUUAUUACCAGCAUUUGUGUGCACAGGCUUCAACAAAACUAACUAUUUAUAGUGGGGAAAUGUUCCAUUUAUAAUAAGCAUUUUAUUUCCCAGGAUUGGCUGUAACUGAACUCUGCAAGAGAAAGCAUUUAAUCCGCUGCCUAUGUUUUAUCAAUUCAGUAUACCACUUAAGGGCUUGCUAAGUUAUUAGCGCUAACUCUAAGAAACCUCAUUUGUUUUUAGAUUCAACAAAUAUUACAUGCAUAUUAAUCUUAUAUUUUAUAUUUGCACUAUUUAAAGAUGAACAUUAAAAUGCCUUUGACUUUUGACACUGGAUGUAAUCAGAAGGACACAUUACUCCGUUUUCUUUAUUGCCAUCUUUUUUUUCAUUUUCACCCAUCUUUUUUUCCCCAUUGUUUUUACACUCAUGAUUAGUGACUCCAUGAAAUGGGUGAGGUGUGAAAAUGACCACGGUACAUAGAGAGAAAACUUUAUUUGCUGGAAGUUUCAAAGCACCAAAGUGUAUUAUGUUUAGCUAUACUUUAGUUAAAUCUGCAAAAAAAGGAACGUGAUUGAGUGUUAAGGAAGACUUGAUCAUUAUCAGUAAAGGUAGAAAUUCCUUUAUUACAUGUGUUUGGUUUGAAAGCCCAAGUAUAACUGUCACUCUUAGCGAUACAUCAGAUAAAUGUCAUCCAAUACUUCCAUAGCAGUAAUUCUUUGUGCUGCAUCAUAGGUCUUGUUAAAGGAGAAUUCAACCCUAAACUUAAAAAAACCCUACCCUACAUAGACCCUCCUCCCCCCAGCCUAAGUGUUGCCCCAGGCAAAUGCCCCUGACGUUUUACUUCGGUGCUGAUUCAGCCAUCGGAGUUCACAGGCGCCAUCUUGAGCUGCUUUGGUAAUCUUCGGAAUAAGACCAGCAUGUUGGUGCAUGUGCAGUUGGAGCAAUUUUCUGUUUCGUGACAAAAAUGGGUUUUUUAAGUUUAGGGUUGAAUUCUCCUUUAAGGAAUGGGUGAGUGUUAACAUAUCAUUACAUUAAUCAUCCGCAAAUAUCUGUAAAUCAGUGCCCAGGUCUUUAAGUACACAUUUAGUGUCUAUACUGUAUCCAGUUAUCCUUCCAGAAUUAACCAGUAAGUUAAUAUAGCUUUCUGAUCUUACGUUCCAUUAUACCAAAUAUGCAUAUCUUAAACCAUUUAACUAAGGCCUCUCUCUGUCUGUGUUGUUCUGACUAUAUGAUUGGUGAGUAGCACAUAGACUCUCUGUUUUAGUUUUUGCAAUCACCACUCUUCCAGGUCUAAUAUAACAGGGUAUAGCAGUUUGCUACUCUAGUCAUUUGGAAACCGCUAAUAUGUGGUUGUUUAGUGCCUCAGAUGCAAGCCUGGCUCGUUAUUUAAAGAACAAAAGAAAAAAGCAUACUACACAUGAUUUCAGAACUGGAGUUCAUAUCCUUCAGACUGUCUAUAUUUACUACUCAAUGUAUUAUUUUGUCCUUAUUCAUUUAACUCUGCCCUAACCACCUUUGUAACAAGAUGGAGAAAUCAAUAUUUAUUAAUACUGCUGGUGUACGGAACGCCUUUUGCUAUUACUGUACAAAAUCUGUUUAUAGAGUAAGUGGAUAGGUUAAUAUAAAUGCGCUAAAUAAUCCAGUUGGAAUAUGUAUAUGAAUUGCUGGUCCCAUAAUGUAUAGUAGGUGUAAGAAUGAAUGAAUGUAAAUUUGCAUAUUCUCCCUAAGUGAAGUCAAAAAAAAAUUGUAAGAUCUAUUCAGAACACAAGAAUCUCUGUCAACAUACUGUAUGGAUUUCCAGUACAUAUUUAUUGUUUAUGUAAUAUGUAUGUUCUUAAGUGAAUUUUUCUUAUAUUGAGAAUUCUGUACCUGGCUUUCCAUGGAAGAAUUUGUAAUUGGCUAUAAAAAGCUGUAUUAACUUAAUAAAUAAAUUUGCUGAUA